AUGGCAACUGGCGGCAUUAGCAGAACAUUCUGCCAACAGCACCACCUGCAACGCCUCUUUCAGGAUCACUACCGACGACCGUCCUUUGUUCAAUGGAAAGACACAUCUUCCUUAGUGACCGGGGAUCCAGAAAGAAUUACCGUGACCAACCCCGCUAACGGGAAAGAGUUGUGCACCGUCGACACAGCAUCGUCCGAAGAAGUUGAAUGGGCCGUGUCUCAUGCACAGACCAUCUUUGACUCCGGGAUAUGGUCAAAGGCUUCAUCACUACAUCGUGCAUCCGUCCUGUCACAGCUAGCAGACUCUCUUCAGCGGCGCAUCCCUGACAUGGCCCGAAUAGAUACUUUGCAAACAGGGAGGCCUAUCCGUGAAAUGACUGCACAAAUGACUCGCCUUCCUGAAUGGCUAAGCUAUUAUGCAGCACUUUUACGGACGAACCAAGGAUUCGUUGCCCCUACUCAAGGGAAAUUGCUUAAUUACAUCCAACGCGUUCCUCUAGGAGUCGUGGCACAGAUCACUCCUUUUAAUCAUCCCCUUUUCAUUGCCAUUAAGAAGAUUGCUCCGGCUCUUGCCGCUGGCAACAGUGUCAUCGUCAAACCAUCUGAGCUUACCCCCAUAUCCCUACUAGAGUUUGCGAACCUAACACAAGAAGCUGGCCUUCCUGACGGAGUUUUGACUAUUCUCCCUGGCUAUGGCCAUACCACGGGGAAGCAACUCGCAACUCAUUCACUCGUUCGAAAGGUCGACAUCACAGCUGGUACUCAGACUGGUCGGGCGCUAGGAGCCAUCGUUGGCUCGAACCUCUCGGCCUUUACAGCUGAGCUGGGAGGAAAGGCUCCGAUACUUAUCUUCGAUGAUGCAGAUGUUGUUUCCGCUGUCAAUGGGGUCGCAUUUGCCGCAUUCGUUGCGUCCGGCCAAACAUGUAUCUCGGGAACCCGCAUUAUCAUACAGGAAAACAUCUAUGAAUCUUUCAUGGCGAAAUUCUUGAAGAAAGUCGAAAGUAUCACACAGGGAAUGGGUGACCCUAUGAACGAAAGAUGCUCUAUGGGUUCUAUUAUAUCUCCCCACCACUUGAAUAGAAUCGAGGACAUGGUCACACGUCGGCAGUCAGGCACAGUUUUAGCGGGUGGAAAGCGAAUGUUGGGGAAGUCCCUCCUCGAUCAUUUCGAUUUCUCUCAGGGAAGCUUCUACCCACCUACCGUGAUCUCUGAUGUUGAUAUCAGCGAUGAAUUAUGGCAAGAGGAAAUUUUCGGCCCUGUUGUAGUCGUGAAAAAGUUCUCUACUGAAUCCGAGGGAGUUAGACUUGCCAAUGCUUCCAGGUACGGAUUGGGAGCUGGAGUCUGGACUCAGGAUCUGUCAAGAGCACAUCGAGUUGCUGCUGAUAUUGACGCUGGUCUUGUUUGGGUGAACACAUAUCACCGCAAUGACCCAAGCUCGCCAUGGGGUGGUAUGAAGGAGAGUGGGAUAGGUCGGGAAAAUGGUGUCGAGGCAUUGGAAGCUUACUCUCAGAGCAAAUCGAUCAUCGUUAAUGUGGCGUCAGCUGAUAUGUCUCGACAAACCGACGACUGGUUUAGCGGAGAACAGAAGAGAUAUGGCUAA